AUGUCAUCUUCAACCACACAAAUUGAAGUAAGCUGGGAACCGUCAUCUAGUCCACUCUCCGCUGACUACUAUAUCAUACGCUACAGUCUCUAUCAGAAGCUUGCCUGCCAAUCACCAGAAACCACCCCAACAGAGUUUGAAGUGAAUACGAAUGUCACACAAUAUACUAAUCUAGCUGGGUUGGAGCCUUACUCGAGAUACCAGAUCACCGUUACAGCUGUAAAUGGUGCCGGGCAGAGUGAACCCACGAUCGGCUAUUCGAAUACCAGCCCAGGACCACCGUCCAACAUUACAAAUGUCAGGGUUAACCCAGAAAGGACGUCUCCAACACGAUUAGGAUUCACCUGGCAACCUCUCAACUGUAGAAAUGUGAAUGGAGUGUUCUCGUACUACUAUGCAAGAAUCUACAAGGAUGGUGAUAGAAUUAAUGCACCGGCUGGGACUACAUACUUGGAUGAUGACAUGUCAUACUCAUCAGUAGAGUUCAAUGGUCUUGAGGCAUGCACGAUGUAUGAACUGAGAAUCAACGCCGUAAACCGUGGUGUGGGAGCUCUUGGAAAUCCGUCUCAUGCUAUCGGUGUAACGGGAGUCACUUUCACAAGUGCAUCCUCUUAUGCAACUGGGAAUCAACCUAGUCUGACAGUUCAGUGGAGUGUUCCGUCUCAAUGCAAUGUGGAUUACUACAGGGUAUCAUAUCAACUCAUCUCACGUAAGGCAUGUCAAGAUGUUCCUGUAAUAGAUGCCCCAGUCCUCGAACUUAACGUCACAUCAAAUACCACACAUGUCUCCGAAUACCUUUCAGACUUGGAAUAUUACGCAACUUAUAGCAUUUCCAUCAUAGCUGUGAUAAGGAGAGCAGAGAGCCUACCUAUGAAUGUUAGUGGAGACACACGAGAUGGAGACCCCUCUGCUAUCGAGUCAGUGUCUUACACCUCUACUGCCCACUCCUUGCGCUUUGUGUGGGAGGAACCCUCCUGCGAAAGCCUACACGGUGCUUUUGAUCGCUACGAAUACGAUCUCUAUGAUCCUACUGGUGGGGGUAGAUAUGUCCGGUAUCCAACGAUCAUCCGAAGAAACAAUGUACACAUAACUGGUCUUGAUGCUUGCACGGAAUAUCGCUUCAGAAUAAGAGUAGUUACUACCCAACAGAGAAGGAGUGAAUGGCAUAUGGAAAUGGCAAUGACUAAUAUAUCAGCUCCUGGAAUGCCAGUUAUUACAGAGCUUACCCCGCAUCAGGAAGACGGUGGCACUACUGGUCUAACAGUAUCAUGGCAACCUCCUUCCUCACCUCCAUGCCAGCCUACACAUUAUGAAAUCAAAUACUAUGUUCUCCAAGGCGAUAUGUGUGAGGAUACCUCGAGUGAUCGUAUAAUGAUUUCAGCAGGGACCGUCAAUGGUUCAACUUUCACCUUCAAUGUCCUGGAGUUGCGUCCCAACUCUGAGUACAGGGUGUUCGUGAGAGGCAGAACCAGUAGCGGUUAUGGUGAUGCGGAUUCCCUAUCAGCUACUACAGGAUAUUCACAUCCUACUGGUCCUUCAAUCAAUAUUCAGUCCACUUCCAUCAAGAAACGUAGUGUUGUCUUCACUUGGGAGAAACCAGAAUGUGGUGAUCGGAAUGGACCAAUCUCAAGCUACGAAGUUAUGCUUUCCAAUUAUACAGGAGGCGUGGUUUAUCAUGGUAAUGUUUCGGGACCUGAGCACAAUAUAUUUGGCCUCAUCCCCUAUUCGAAUUACAGCAUUAGGAUCAGAGCUUGGAAUUAUGAACUAGCAGGGGAGUAUGGUCCAGCGAUUUGGGCACAGACAGAUGAAGCAAAGCCAGCGCCACCAAUCAGAGUAAAUCUGCCAUCUUCCGACCAGGAGAGCAUCACAGUAGACUGGAUGUCACCGAACCCUCCUCUGGGCAGGAUAAUAGGUUACUACAUUAAAUACUGGGAGACGUUUGGUAAUAGUUCCACGCCCACAAACGUCAGCAUCCCGUGUCGGGACGGGCUUUGCUCUGACAUUAACUACAGGUUGUCCACAGCUAUUCCCGAACUCCAGGCAGACACGAAUUAUUCCGUUCAGGUCAUGGCGGAGACCAUUCGUGGUAUUGGUGACUCAAGCCCGGACCCACCCGUUGUCAGGAUUACAUCAAAAGGAAGACCCGCAUGUGUACAGGCCCUAAGGAUAUCUUCUUCAAUCACGACAGUUGUAGUCAGCUGGGAACUGUCAUCUAGCCUAUGCUCCCCUGACUACUAUAUCAUACGCUACAGUCUCCUUCAAAAGCUUGCCUGCCAAUCACCAGAAACCACCCAAACAGAGUUUGAAGUGAACACCAAUGUCACGCAAUACAAUAAGCUAGUGGGGUUGGAGCCUUACUCGCGAUACAAGAUCACCGUUACAGCUGUGAAUGGUGCCGGGCAGAGUGAACCCACGAUCGGCUAUUCAGAAACCAGGCCAGGACCACCGUCCAACAUUACAAAUGUCAGGGUUAAUCCAGAAAGGACGUCUCCAACACGAUUAGGAUUCACAUGGCAACCUCUUAACUGUAGAAAUGUGAAUGGAGUGUUCUGGUACUACUAUCCAAGAAUCUACAAGGAUGGUGAUAGAAGUAAUCUACCGGCUGGGAGGGAAUACUUGGAUGAUGACAUUUCAGACUCAUCAGUAGAGUUCAAUGGUCUUGAGGCAUGCACGAUGUAUGAACUGAGUAUCCAUGCCGGCAACCGUGACGUGUCAACUCCUGGAAAUUUGUCUAAUGCCAUCGGUGUAACAGGAGCUACUUUCACAAGUGCAUCCGCUUAUGCAACCGGGAAUCAACUAAGAGUUCAUUGGAGUGUUCCGUCUCAAUGCAAUGUGGAGUACUACAGAUUAUCAUAUCAACUCAUCUCACGUAAGGCAUGUCACGAUGUUCCUAUAAUAGAUGCUCCAGUCUACGAACUCAACGUCACAUCAGUUUCCACAGAUGUCACCAAAUACAUUUCGAACUUGGAAUAUUACGCCACUUAUAACAUCUCCAUCAUAGCUGUGAUAAUGAGAGCAGAGAGUCUACCUAUGAAUAUUAGUGAAGACACAUUGGCUGGAGAUCCUACUGGUUUCCCUACUAAUAUCCAGUCUACUUCCACCAAUAAACGCAGUAUUGUGUUUACUUGGGAGACACCAGAUUGUGGUAAUCGAAAUGGACCAAUCUCAAGCUACGAAGUUAUGCUCUCCAAUUCUACAGGAGACGUGGUUUAUCAUGGUAAUGUGUCAGCUAGCGCAGAACCUGAGCAUGAGAUAUUUGAACUCAUACCCUCUUCGAAUUACAGCAUUAGGAUCAGAGCUUGGAACUAUGAACUAGCAGGGGAGUAUGGUCCAGCGAUUUGGGUACAGACAAAUUAAGCAAAUUAUCAACCCAGAACCCACCAACAACCCACCAACAUCGUUGACAUCCUUGUCAUGUAGUCCAGAGAUACCUACGAUAAUGAUGAUCAGGGAUUUGUCCGAAGCAUUAUGGGCCAUGACCUGCAUGGUGGUAAUAAUGCGGACUGUAAUGAUGAUUAGGCUUGUUGCAUUCACAUUCACAUCGAUUGGAGACAUUGAACUGGGGCUCACAUUGCAAUUAAUUUUGAGGAUUUACUCAAACCCUGGAGUCUCAAUCUAUAACACAUGGAUAAAUAGCAUUCACAAUUGGGAGACAUUGAUAAAAAGGAGUCGGGCUAACUCGGACCGGAAAGGUUUAGGGUU